AGAGGCCGCGCCGCCUCCCCUCCCCGAGGUCUGCGCGCUCCGCCGCAGGGCGCGGACCCGGGGCGCCCGCCCGGCUUGGGGGCGCAGCAGCGGGGGCUGAGCCUAGGCGGAGCCUGGGCGCCCCGCCCCCCCGAAACGAAAGCGAAAGAGGGGGCCAGAAAGGAAGGGCGGGCCGGGCCGAGGCGCCGCCCCCUGCCCUGCGUGGCUGCCGGACCGUCGGGCGCGCCCAGGUAGGGGGCUGCCGGUGCCCCGUGGAGACCCUCGCGGAGAGCUGCGCCGCUGCCACCAUGUCUCAGGAAGGUGUGGAGCUGGAGAAGAGCGUCCGGCGCCUCCGGGAGAAGUUUCAUGGGAAGGUGUCCUCCCGCAAGGCUGGGGCUCUGAUGAGGAAGUUUGGCAGCGACCACACUGGAGUGGGGCGCUCCAUCGUGUACGAGGUAAAGCAGAAAGACGGCCAGGAGCUGAGUAAUGGUCUGCCAACCCAGGACCCCCCAGAGGACAUGAAGCAGGACCAGGACAUCCAGGCGGUGGCGACCUCCCUCCUGCCACUAACAGAAGCCAACCUGCGCAUGUUCCAGCGUGCCCAGGAGGACCUGAUCCCUGCCGUGGACCGCCAGUUUGCCUGCCCCUCCUGCGACCAUGUCUGGUGGCGCUGUGUGCCUCAGCGGAAGGAGGUAUCCCGAUGCCGGAAAUGCCGGAAGCGCUAUGAGCCAGUGCCAGCCGACAAGAUGUGGGGCCUGGCUGAGUUCCACUGCCCGAAGUGUCGGCACAACUUCCGGGGCUGGGCACAGAUGGGGUCCCCGUCCCCCUGCUACGGGUGCGGCUUCCCCGUGUACCCGACACGGAUCCUGCCCCCACGCUGGGACUUGGACACACAGCGCCGCAGCACCCACACCCACUCCUGCUCGGCGGCCGACUGCUACAACCGGCGAGAGCCCCACGUGCCUGGGACGUCCUGUGCGCACCCCAAGAGCCGCCGGCAGAACCACCUGCCCAAAGUCCUCCACCCCAGCAACCUCCACAUCAGCAGUGGCUCCACCGUGGCCACCUGCCUGAGCCAGGGGGGCCUCCUGGAAGACCUGGACAACCUCAUCCUUGAGGACCUGGAGGAGGAGGAAGACGAUGAAGAGGGUGGGCACGGGGCAUGACCCCUGCCAGGUGCAGGUGCAAACUAGACACUACACAGUCUGUGGAUACUUUGUAUUAUAAAAUAUGAGCUCAAAUCGAAAUAGGAGUGCCCUUGGGGAGAUGUCUGGGUCUGAGGGGCUGGCAGAGGGAAGCUGGGGGGGGUGUCCCAUUUGCAGGGCUCUAGGGAGCACAUCC